AUGGAAAUAAAAAAAUUCAUCCUUACUCUUCUACUCAUUUGCUUCACUCUUUUCAUGUUAUUUCCAUUUUCAUGUGCUGCUCCAUUGUUAGAUCAUGAAGGGAAAAUGACUCUCCCUUCAAGUCCUAGGAAGCUCAAGUUCAAUGAACAUCCAAAUCAGGUGAAAAGCAAUGGAAAUCAAAUGAAUUUGGUACCAUUGAACACUGCACAAUUAACAGGUAAAGAACAUGAGGGAGAAGUGGUACAUGCAAGAAAAGGGACAAGGCAAGAGUGGGUUGAAGGGAAAGACACUUCUGAUUUCUACACAAUGGACUAUCAUUGGGUUAGACGACGACGCCCCAUACAUAACAAGUCCAUUCGCCCAUAA